AUGCCCCCCACCGACGUGCCUCUGGCCCUGAGCGCAGUGCUGCUGCUGCUGUCCCCCACAUCUGCCUUCUUCCCCAACAUCUGGAGCCUCCUGGCCGCCCCUGGCUCUGUCACCCACCAGGACCUGACGGAGGCGGCGGCUCUCAAUGCCACUCUGCAGCUCUUCCUGGAGCGGCCGGCCCCGGGCCGGCCCCCCCUGCGUCUUGAGGACUUCCUGGGCCGCACCCUCCUUGCCGAUGACCUCUUUGCCUCCUACUUCGGACCUGGGUCCCCUUCCCGGCGGUUCCGAGCAGCCUUAGGCGAGGUGUCUCGUGCCAAUGCAGCCCAGGACUUCCUGCCGGCUGCCAGGAACGACCCUGACCUGCACUUUGAUGCCGAGCGGCUGGGCCAGGGGCGCGCACGCCUGGCGGGGGCUCUGCGGGAGGCCCUGGCGGCAGCCCAAGCCGGAGACCACGCCCUGGCCCGGCAGCGCCUCGGGGCAGCCCUCCAUGCCUUGCAGGACUUCUACAGUCACAGCAACUGGGUGGAGCUGGGGCAGCAGCGGCCACACCCGCACCUCCUCUGGCCAAGGCAGGAGCUGGGCAGCCUGGCGCGAGCGGGAGACCCUACCUGCGCCGACUGUGAGGAGCUGAGCUGCCCCGGGAAUCUGCUGGGUUUCACACGCCUCACCUCUGGCUACUUUGGAACUUACCCCGCCAAGCCUCCAGGAAAAUGUAGCCACGGGGGCCGUUUUGACCAGAGCAGCUCCCAGCCACCACGGGGAGGCAUCAACAAGGACAGCACAGCCCCAGGCCUCUCCCCCCACCACACGCUCCACCUCCAGGCGGCAAAACUGGCCCUUCUGGCCUCCAUCCAGGCCUUCGGGCUCCUGCGGAGCCGCCUGGGCGACCGGGGCUUCUCCAGGCUGCUGGACGCCACCCCUGCCUCCAGCCUGAGCUUUGUGCUGGACACCACGGGCAGCAUGGGCGAGGAGAUCAACGCUGCCAAAACCCAGGCUCGCCACAUCGUGGAGCAGCGGCGGGGCGGCCCCAUGGAGCCCGCCCACUACGUCCUGGUGCCUUUCCAUGACCCAGGGUUUGGCCCCGUCUUUACCACCAGUGACCCUGACAGCUUCUGGCAGCAACUCAAUGAGAUCCAGGCCGUGGGAGGCGGAGACGAGCCUGAGAUGAGCCUGUCAGCCCUGGAGCUGGCCCUGCUGCACUCACCUCCGCUCUCAGACAUCUUUGUCUUCACUGACGCCUCCCCCAAGGAUGCCUUUCUCACCCCCCGCGUGGGAGCCCUGGCCCAGGAGCGGCGCUGCAGAGUAACAUUCCUGGUGACUGAAGACCCAUCGCAGGGUCAGCGCCGCGUCCGGCGUGAGGUCUUGUCCCCUCUGCGCUUUGAGCCUUAUGAAGUGGUGGCCCUGGCCUCGGGAGGGGAGGUGAUCUUCACCAAAGAUCAGCACAUUCGGGAUGUGGCAACUGUUGUUGGGGACAGCAUGGCCGACCUGGUGGUCCUGCCCCUGGAGCCUCCGGUGGUGGUGACUGGGAGGCCGCUGGUGUUCACUGUGGACGGACUGCUCCGGAGGGUGACCGUCCGCAUCCACGGGGAGGUCCGCAGCUUCCGGAUCAGGAGCCCUGCAGGGGCCUCCCAGGGCCAGGAGGAAGGCCAGGGGCCUCUAGGCCACACUCGCCGCUUUGGGCAGUUCUGGAUGGUGAGCGUGAAUGACCCCCCCCAGACCGGGACCUGGGAGAUCCAGGUCACCGCGGAGGGCCACACCCGGGUGAGAGUGCAAGCUCGGACGGCGCUGGACUUCCUCUUCCACUUUGGGAUCCCGGUGGAGGACGGCCCCCACCCUGGCCUCUGCCCCUUGACCCAGCCAGUUGCAGGUCUCCGGACCCAGCUGCUGGUUGAGAUGACAGGGCUGCACUCCAGCCGCCGGGAAGGGCCUCUGCCCCACUUCUCCCACGUCGUGCUUCGAGGGGUUCCGGAGGGCGCCGAGCUGGGCCGGGUGCCCUUGGAGCCCAGGGGAGCCCCGGAGCGAGGGCUCCUGGUGGCUUCGCUUCCACCCCCGCUUCUGUCCACCGCGGGGCCCUUCUCUCUGGAGCUGCUGGGCCGGGACGACGGCGGGCGGGACCUGCACCGGGCGGCCCCCCAGCCCUGCAUGGUGGUCCCGGUCCUCCUGGAGCUCAGUGGCCCGGGGGGGUUCCUGGCCCCGGGCAGCAAGGCCCCCCUCAGCCUCCGCAUCGCCAGCUUCUCGGGGCCUCGGGAUCUCGACCUCAGGACGUGGGUCAACUCCAGCUUCACCCUCACCUCCAACCUCUCCAGGGUUCGCCUGGAGCACAACGAGUCCGCCUGGGGGCGCCUGUGGCUGGAGGUCCCAGAGUCGGCUGCCCUGGACUCCGUGGUGACGGUGACCGUGGCUGCGAUGGGUCGAGAAGCCAGACCAGGGCCCCCGACCCAUGCCUUCCUCCGGCUCCUGGUGCUGGCCCCGGACCCACAGGACCAGCUCGCUGUCCCUGCCCACGCGUCCGGCCCCGUCCUCACCGUGGCCAGCCCUACCCUCCCUCCCUCCCCUUUGGUGACUUGGGGCAGGGCUGGGGGAGGGCUGGCAGGCAGCCCCUGGUGGGGCACAGUCGGAGGGGUGCUGCUCCUUCUAGGCCUGGCCUCCUGGUGACAGCAGCCCCUAAGGAUGGGUCUCAGCGCUAUUUUCAACCUCUCCCGUUGGUGAGAAGAUGGCAUGGGCCUCGGGACCCUACCUCUCCCAGCGGGGCUGGAGGUUUUCCUUCUCACGCCCUUGUCCCUUCUCUUAGCAAGAUUGGGAUAAAGGGUCAUCGAUUUUCCCACAAUGCACUUUCCCUAACCAAAGACUGGGGUAGGAAGGUACUAGAAAGUGUUAUUUAUAGAAUUGUUUAUAUUUGAAAUUCUGGAGAAGCUUCUAUUUUAUUUUUGUAUUUAAA